UCAAGUCUGUCCCUGUCUUUCAUUUGUGAUUUACGGCCGAGUUUCUUAUUUUGCCAGAUUUAUAAACGGUGCAGUACUCUACGGAGUACCCACUUUGUACACCAGCCCACAAGCCAGUAAAUUUAUUGUCUAUGAACUGUUACUUUGAAAAAUUACAUCAAUGCAAAGUGAUUGGCUUUUAGCCUCCCUAGCCAAUAAUUUCAUUUUAUUUUUUUGGAGGGGACAUCUGAGGUCACAGGAUGAUAGAUAAAACGGGCAAUCCCUCGAGGAGGGAGUCGGAAAUCUUCUGGAGCAGAAGCCCAGCAGGACUGCGCUCCGUCACCAUGGAUAGGCUGGCCUUCUGCUGCCUGCUCCUCACAGGACUCCUGAACCCACUCCUGUCCCUUCCCAUCACUGACACCAGUGGAAAGAACCUUCAGCUCCCAGCGCUUGAAGAAGAUGCUCGCCUGACUCUGGAGGAGCUGGAGAGGACCGCCCUCCUGCAGACACUGCUGAAGCAGACAGUGGGCACGGAGGCGGGUGAAGGCCUCAGGGAAGCAGAUCCCAGUGCCAACACUCCCACCCCCCGGGGAAGCCUGAGAAAGGACUUCCGGGCUCAGGCUUUCUCUGAACAACACUCCAACACCGUGCUGAGUCGUCUUCUGGCAAGAACCAGGAAACAACAUAAGCAACAUGGGACUGUCUCGGAAUGCUUCUGGAAAUACUGCAUUUGAAAAGAUAAGAGCAUCGAUGCGUCUCCUCAGAACCACCACUUUAGAAAACUAAAAAGGAAGAUUCCUGAAGAAAAAUCAGGCUAACUACACCCCACCCUUCACUACUAUGAGAAAUAAAUUCUCUAUGUUUGGCAAGUA